GCCACUAUUUAAGCGCCCCCUCCGCCUCCAUUUCCCUCCAAGAAGAGCUCACCACCUUCUCCUGCUCUUCUUCGGUAUCAGAUCCUCUCCCUCCUCCUCCUCCUCCGGUCCCCGUUGCGCACCACCACCACCACCGUAGCAAUGGCGGGCAACGGGCCGAUCAACAAGGAGGACCCGCUCAACUGGGGCGCGGCGGCGGCCGAGAUGACCGGCAGCCACCUCGACGAGGUGAAGCGCAUGGUGGCGCAGUUCCGCGAGCCGCUCGUCAAGAUCCAGGGCGCCACCCUCCGCGUCGGCCAGGUGGCCGCCGUCGCCCAGGCCAAGGACGCCGCCGGCGUCGCCGUCGAGCUCGACGAGGAGGCCCGCCCCCGCGUCAAGGCCAGCAGCGAGUGGAUCCUCAACUGCAUCGCCCACGGCGGCGACAUCUACGGCGUCACCACCGGCUUCGGCGGCACCUCCCACCGCCGCACCAAGGACGGCCCGGCCCUCCAGGUCGAGCUCCUCAGGCAUCUGAACGCCGGAAUCUUCGGCACCGGCUCCGACGGGCACACGCUGCCGGCGGAGACGGUGAGGGCGGCCAUGCUGGUGCGCAUCAACACGCUCCUUCAGGGGUACUCGGGCAUCCGGUUCGAGAUCCUCGAGGCGAUCACCAAGCUGCUCAACACCGGCGUGACCCCGUGCCUGCCGCUCCGCGGGACGAUCACCGCGUCCGGUGACCUGGUGCCGCUGUCCUACAUCGCCGGCCUCAUCACGGGCCGCCCCAACGCGCAGGCCAUCGCCCCCGACGGCAGGAAGGUGGACGCCGCCGAGGCGUUCAAGCUCGCCGGCAUCGAGGGCGGGUUCUUCACGCUGAACCCCAAGGAGGGUCUCGCCAUCGUCAAUGGCACGUCCGUGGGGUCCGCGCUGGCGGCCACCGUGAUGUUCGACGCCAACAUCCUGUCCGUCCUCUCCGAGGUGCUGUCCGCCGUGUUCUGCGAGGUGAUGAACGGCAAGCCGGAGUACACCGACCACCUGACCCACAAGCUGAAGCACCACCCGGGGUCGAUCGAGGCCGCCGCCAUCAUGGAGCACAUCCUCGCCGGCAGCUCGUUCAUGAGCCACGCCAAGAAGGUGAACGAGAUGGACCCGCUGCUGAAGCCGAAGCAGGACAGGUACGCGCUCCGCACGUCGCCGCAGUGGCUGGGCCCCCAGAUCGAGGUCAUCCGCGCCGCCACCAAGUCCAUCGAACGCGAGGUCAACUCCGUCAACGACAACCCGGUGAUCGACGUCCACCGCGGCAAGGCGCUCCACGGCGGCAACUUCCAGGGCACGCCCAUCGGUGUGUCCAUGGACAACGCCCGCCUCGCCAUUGCCAACAUCGGGAAGCUCAUGUUCGCGCAGUUCUCCGAGCUGGUGAACGAGUUCUACAACAACGGGCUGACCUCCAACCUGGCCGGCAGCCGCAACCCGAGCUUGGACUACGGGUUCAAGGGCACCGAGAUCGCCAUGGCCUCCUACUGCUCUGAGCUCCAGUACCUCGCCAACCCGAUCACCAACCAUGUCCAGAGCGCUGAGCAGCACAACCAGGACGUGAACUCGCUGGGUCUCGUCUCGGCCAGGAAGACCCUGGAGGCUGUGGACAUCCUCAAGCUGAUGACCUCCACCUACAUCGUCGCCCUGUGCCAGGCCGUCGACCUGCGCCACCUCGAGGAGAACAUCAAGACCUCAGUGAAGAACUGCGUCACCCAGGUGGCCAAGAAGGUGUUGACCAUGAACCCCACCGGCGACCUCUCCAGCGCCCGCUUCAGCGAGAAGAACCUCAUCACCGCCAUCGACCGCGAGGCCGUGUUCAGCUACGCCGACGACCCGUGCAGCGCCAACUACCCGCUGAUGCAGAAGCUCCGCGCCGUGCUCGUCGAGCACGCCCUGACCAGCGGCGACGCCGAGCCGGAGGCCUCCGUGUUCUCCAAGAUCACCAAGUUCGAGGAGGAGCUCCGCUCGGCGCUGCCCCGGGAGAUCGAGGCCGCCCGCGUGGCCGUCGCCAACGGCACCGCCCCCGUCGCCAACCGGAUCGUCGACAGCCGGUCGUUCCCGCUCUACCGCUUCGUCCGCGAGGAGCUCGGCUGCGUAUUCCUCACCGGCGAGAAGCUCAAGUCCCCCGGCGAGGAGUGCAACAAGGUUUUCCUCGGCAUCAGCCAGGGCAAGCUCAUCGACCCCAUGCUCGAGUGCCUCAAGGAGUGGAACGGCGAGCCCCUGCCCAUCAACUAAGCCCGCCAUUGCCAUACACCAUCCAGGAGGAGAGGAGACUAAAAAUAAAAGAAAACAACCGCUUCGUGUACCUUCAGAACCAACCCUGUAUUUUCUUCGUUCAUUGCGUGGAUCUCCGUGUUCUUUGUGUAGCUGCUCUGCUCAGCCUUGCCAGCCAUGGCGGCCAAAGCUCGCAGCUUUUCUAAGAUAUUGCCGUUAAAGUUGUAUUUUGGGGUGAAGUAUUGCUACUCGAUUCCAUCCUUAAAAGUUGUGAACUGGUGAUAGAAAUGUUUUGAUCCUAUAAUACAAAUGUCUUCAGCUUAACUG